CAAAAGGGGGAACAAGGGCUUAUUCCCCCCUUGUUCCCCAACCAAACGCCACCUAAAUUCAUACACACAUUAUAUAUUAUUAGAAUUCCUAUAGUGUUGGUGAUAUGGAGUUACUAUCAUCAGCGCAUGUUCGUGUUCUCCUCUUCUUUUCUCUUCUCAUAUUUACUGCGGCCGCCGGUGCCGCAGCUGCUGCAGGAGGCGGCGGCGGCAGCGGCGGCGGGCGGUGGGACCUCCUGCAGAGCAGCAUCGGCGUGUCGGCCAUGCACAUGCAGCUCCUCCACAACGACCGCGUCGUCGUCUUCGACAGCACCACCUUAGGCCCUUCCAACCUCUCCCUCCCCGGCGGCGCCUGCCGCCGCUACCCCAACGAACCAGCUCUCAAAGUCGACUGCACCGCCCACUCUGCCGAGUACGACGUCACCACCAACUCCUUCCGUCCGCUAACGGUCCUCACCGACACCUUGUGCUCGUCCGGCAGCGUCGCCCCAGACGGCACCCUCGUUCAGACCGGCGGGUCCAACGACGGCGACCGUAACGCCCGCACCUUCCGCCCGUGCUCGAAUUCCGCCACCUGCGGCUGGUCGGAGGCUUCGAAUGUCCUCGCAGUCAGCCGCUGGUACGCCACAAACCAAAUCCUCCCCGACGGCCGCGCGAUCGUAAUCGGCGGCCGCGGCCAAUUCAACUACGAAUUCUACCCUAAAACCAAUGCCGCCGAUACCGCUACAAUUCCCCUCCCCUUCCUAUCACAAACAAGCGACCCCGAAGAGAACAAUCUCUACCCAUUCGUCCACCUCAAUAUCGAUGGCAACUUGUUCAUAUUCGCGAACAACCGAGCCAUACUUCUCGACUAUAAGAAGAACGCGGUGGUGAGGACGUACCCGAAAAUGCCGGGCGGCGACCCGAGAAACUAUCCAAGUACGGGCUCUUCAGUGCUGCUGCCGCUGAAGCCGUCGCCGACCGAAGCUGAAGUUCUUGUCUGUGGCGGGGCGCCGGCAGGGUCCUACUUGCAGGUGUCGCAGCACGGGACGUUCGUGCGCGCGCUGGAAACGUGCGGCAGGAUUAAGAUCACCGACGAGGCGCCGACGUGGGCGAUGGAGAUAAUGCCGAUGCCGAGGGUGAUGGGCGACAUGGUGCUGCUACCGACCGGCGACGAGGUGCUCAUAAUAAACGGGGCGGGUAUGGGGGCGGCAGCAUGGGAGAUGGGCCAGAAUCCUGUGCUGAUGCCGCUCUUGUACCGUCCCCGCGCACUGUCCGGCUCGCGAUUUGUGGUGCAAAGCCAGGGGACGAUUCCCCGGCUGUACCACUCGACGGCGGUGCUGCUCCGCGACGGCCGGGUGCUCGUCGGGGGGAGCAACCCGCACAAUCGUUACGUCUUCUCGAACGUCGAGUACCCGACCGAGCUCAGCCUCGAGGCCUUCUCGCCCGAGUACCUCAAUCCGGCCUUCGCGGCCUCACGGCCCAGCAUCAUAUCUCCCCUACUCCUUAUAAGUUACGGGAAGCAGUUCCCUCUGCGGUUCCGCAUAGGAUCGUUGGCGAACACCGUGUCAGUCACGAUGGCGUCGCCGGCGUUCGCGACGCACUCGCUCUCGAUGAAUCAGAGGCUGCUGAUUCUGGGGACGACAGAGCCGGUGGCGGUAGGACGCACGGCAGGGGUUUAUGAGGUGGUCGCGACGGCGCCGGUGACGGCGACACUGGCGCCGCCGGGGUAUUACAUGGUGUUUGUGGUGAAUAAUGGAAUUCCAAGUGAGGGCAUAUGGAUCCAGAUACAAUGAGAGAUACGUAUAGGUUUAUAGAUUCUUACGUACAUUUCUGUUUUGUGAGUGAUAAAUAUAAUAAAUAGAGAUCUUGUGAAGGAAAUCACAUGCUA